AUGCCCUUUUUGCGCAUCCUCGGCCUUGGCAGCAAUAAUCUGGUGUCAAAAUUCCCAGAAUUUAUAUCUGACUCUCAUAGCCUCACUUUCCUUGACCUUUCUUUUAACAAGUUUACAGGUGAUCUUGUGCUUGAAUCAAUUUUUACCGAUCUACAUAAUCUUGAAAACCUCCAUCUUGCUGGAAAUUCCUUUGAGGGGCCGAUUCCACCUAGAGUAUUUAAGCUUUCCAAUUUAAAAGUUCUUGAACUCACGGGUAAUAACUUUUCUCGUUCUAUUUCCAACGAUAUAGGUUUGCUUUCUGAACUUGAGACCCUCUAUCUUGACUUCAAUUUUUUUGAUGGACCAAUUCCCCCAAAUAUAUUCAACCUUUCCCAAUUAAAAAUUCUUGAACUAACAGAAAAUAACUUUUCUGGUCCUGUUUCCAAUGAUAUAAGUUUGCUUUCUGAGCUUGAAAACCUCAAUCUUGCCUUAAAUUCUUCUGAUGGGCCUUUUCCAUCAAAGAUAUUCAACCUAACCAAAUUGAGACAUCUAAAUCUCUAUGGCAAUAAGAAUUUAUUUAAAGGAAGUAUCCCACUGGAUAUCAGAAACCUGAAGCUCCUGGAAUCUAUUAAUCUCGGUUCUAAUCAAUUGGUUGGACCACUUUCAAUGCUCAUUUCUAAUCUCACUAAUCUUAAGAUGGUUGGGCUAAGCGAUAAUAGGUUUUUUGGCAAAAUUCCUAGUGACUUCUUGAAAAACUUGCCAUCCUUACACGUCAUUGAUCUUUCAAAUAAUAAUUUGUCCGGAAAUAUUCCCAGGGAGUAUAACGUGCAUCCAAUUUUAGAAUACAUCAAUUUAAGUGGAAACCAUCUUACAGAUAAUGGAUUAAGUGGUGCCCUUCCGCAUUGUUUGGGAAAUCUUGCAGAUAAAAUGCAUUGCAUUGAUCUCGCUAAUAAUCAGUUCCGAGGACCAAUACCAACAACCUUCUCAGAGAGUUGCCAGUUAAGAUAUCUAAACAUGUAUGACAAUCAGUUAGAAGGACUUUUGCCCCGAUCUUUGUCAAACUGUAAGCACUUGAAAAUUCUUGACAUCGGGAACAACAAAAUGGGCGGUACAUUUCCUUCAUGGCUAUUCACUCUCAGAGAGCUAGAAGUCCUAGUCUUGCAAUCAAAUAAACUGUAUGGUCCACUUAGGAUACCAUAUAGGGAAGCUGCUGGAGAUGCUCUUAUGGCCAUGCAAAACAUGCAGAAGCCAUUAAGUACUCAUUAA